AUGCUUUUUCGACGUGCAGGUUUGGAAAAUUGUACUGAGCCGUGUCUCAUAUACACUGUUAGGAACAGAAUUGACGCCAUUGAGUUAGCUUCUUCCAGAGUGGUUAACCUGUUAUCCAAUCUUACAUCCCCCGUCAAUCUCGAUGUCCAUGUAAGCGAAAGAACAUUAUACUGGAGCGACGACAGCCAUCUUGCCAUCAAACGUACGAACAUGUCCAGUGGUGUCACGAAGGACAUUAUUACAGAAGACCAUGGAUAUGUAGGCGACCUUGCCGUAGAAUGGGAAAGUCGCCUACUAUACUGGACAGAUACGUCCUACCGCAGGAUUGAAGUUGCCUCGUUAGACGGCACCAAAAGGAAGGUGCUCCUCACCGAUUCCUCGAGCUAUCCGCUUGGAAUAGCGGUGCACCCAAAGAAAGGGUGGGUAAAAAGUGUUAAAUGGUCGCAUUGAGCCGACUUAGUUUGCGUCUUUCAAAGAAUGUGAAUGUGACAAAGCAUCUUUUUGCAUUGACAUGGUUUUCUAAAGAAGGGCUUGAGAAUGAAAUGAAUUAACUGUUUUCUAGAGAAAAUAAUGGGAAAUUGUUUUCUCUUGCCGUCAUGGGAACUAUACUUAAAUCGCUAUCUCUGGAAACGUUCUCAGUGAAUUAUUUAAACUUAUAACAGUACUAGUAUUAGCAUUUUUAUUUACAACGCCAUCCUUGAAGCCCUUAUUUGUAACCUGCAAUGGGGUGUUCUUUAAUUUGAAUUUUGCUGGGAAGGCGAAGCACCAGCAAAAAGAACGAACGAUCUAGGAGAAACCCUGUUUCUUUCUUUUUUUCAGAUGGAUGUUUUGGACAGACGUGGGGCAAACUACCAAGAUUGAACGAGCAAACCUGGCUGGCUUUGAGCGAACUGUCCUAGUCGAUCUCACCAAUUCAUCUCAGGUCUUGCCAGGGAGUAUUGGCGUAGACUAUACAAACGAUCGCAUCGUUUGGGUUGAUAGCUGGACUGGUGCAGUUGAUUCGGCUGACUUGCAAGGGCAAAAUAGACGAAUGGUGGCAUCUCAAGUUACCACGUAUCCGUAUGACUUCAUUCUCUAUGGCGACACGCUUUACUGGAGCGACUGGGUGGCCGAUACUAUCGAGAUGCUUAACUGGACAACUGGCGAUUACUUAGGAAACUUCAGCGCUGUGAUUUCCGGUAGUGUUUAUGGUCUCGGUCUAUUCGAUAAAUCAAGACAACCAGCGUCAGCAGGUAAUAAAGGUUAAGUUAAGCCUUUCAGUUUCCCAUGAACAUAGUCUUGUUUCAAGUAAUCGUCUGUUGGCUUGACCAUGAUGUCUUUUUUGUCAUCAAACUCUCGCUUGAUGUACCACGAGGGAAUCGUACAGGCAAGUUUGGAAUAGGAUUCUACGUCUCUUGGUCAAGCUUAAAGAUAUGGCAACCCAAAAAGAAAAUAUGUUUAUGUAAUGCUUUUAAUAAUUAUUACGUGAAAUCUCAAGAAUACAGUUAAUAUUGAUACUCAGGAAAGGAAGCAAAUUUGGGUUUUUUCGUGGUUUCUUUUCGGGAUAACAAGAGCCAUAUUCUCUUCCUGCAAUUAGUAUUGAACAAAGCCGGACAUCUAUAUUUUUAAAUGAGAAAUCCUGUUAUUUCCCAACUGCAAUUCAGUUUCAGCUACAAUGCAAUUGAAUCUUUUUGAAAUUUGAAAUUCACUUAGAAGGUUCUCUUCCUUUUAGAAAAUCAGCUUUGUAAGAUAGACAACGGAGGCUGUAGUUACUUGUGCCUUUUGACACCCAACGGAUCUCUUUGCGCCUGUCCUGAUGGCAGUCCUUUCUCAAAAGAUGGUAAACGCUGCCUUGCAGGUAAGAAUUUUCUUUUUCUGCCAGGGGAUAUUUUAAUGAUGGUUAUUGCCAUACGUUUACUAGUUGCUGAUACUGAUUCGAAUGUCCAAAUAAAAACUUUACGAAGCCUAAACUGAAACCAGGGUUUAAUAACAGUAGCGAGGAUACCGUUUUAAUUAGGGGAGGUCAGAUCUAUCAAUGCCGUUCAUUGAAAAGCGAAUGCCGCCCACUUAGGGUUAAAAUUUUAUUUUUGGUGACCAUUUCCUGAUUUUCUGACUGUUGCUUGCGAAAUAAAUCAAUUUUAUAAUAGAUUGACCAUAUCAGCGCUUUGUAAAAAGAACAAUGAAAACAAAUUUAAGUUAUUCGAUCUUACAAGUAUGAGCUAUCUUGGAAAAAAGCCUGCUACUUAUAGUAAUGUGAUAGAGGUGAGUGCUGCACAAAGGUGACUGUAAAGAAAGCGUAGAACUCAGCCAAAAGAGGUUAUAAGUAAAUCAAAACGUCCCCAAGACUCUAAAUAUCUCAGUGAUCUAUGAACAAUAUCUGGAAUACUUUAAAUGUCACAUAGAAUCUGAGACCCUGUUCUCCACUACCUGGAAAUUGAAAAAUAACUUUUCCGUUAAAAUUCUUCUCAUCUCAGUUUCAGAGAUUACAACAUUUCUUCUCUUUGCUGAGGGAUCAAGCCUGAGACAAAUGGCUUUUAACGCUACAACGUCACGAAGAAUUCCCCUCAAAGUACCUGCGUCAAAACCCUAUGCGCUGGAUUUUGACUUUUUGGAAGAAAAAGUCUACUGGGCAGACAUAACACUGGGAACAAUCUCCCGAGCGUAUCUCAAUGGAUCAUCUCAGGAGACCUUAGUCAGAGGUGGGCUCAACAACUCAUAUGGACUUGCUGUAGAUCCGUUUGGUCGGAAUAUUUACUGGACAGACAGCACAAAGCAAGUUAUUGAAAUAGCAUCCACAGAUGGACUCUACAGACGAGUACUCAUUAGGGAUAAUUUGCAAAAUCCAAGGGAUAUUACCUUAGACGUCACUCGAGGGUAUACAAAUGUAUUUCAUUCUUUAUGUGAUUGUUUUAAAGAUUAUUUCAGUCAGUUUGUGUAAAGCUUUUAGUUUCGUGCGCCAAAAAUCAGUAAAUUCGUGAAUUCGUUAGACAAAAUUCGAUAGAAGAGUUGUUUGUCAUUGAAAGUUAUAUCUGGUUAUGUGCAAAAUUAUUGGCCAGUUGUGGCGAAUGAUGUCAGAUGUGAUUGUUUCUUUGCGAGCCAUAUCACCAGUGGUAUCUUAAUUUCAUCAAGAAACGACAUCGAUGCAAAAUGACUUUCAGCAGGAGUAUUAUUUUUUUCAUUUUUUUUUCUUUUGUUUCCAAUUUUUGUUUUUAUUUUACUUCUGCUUUUUUUUCUUGCUUUUCAUCACCAAUAGGUACAUGUAUUGGACGAACUGGGGAUGGGACGAGAGGAUUGAGCGAGCAGAUAUGGAUGGCACAAACAGAAGAGUGAUUACUCGUUAUGGGCUGCUUUAUCCUAACGGUCUAACUCUGGAUGUUUCUAGGAAUUGGCUCUACUGGAUCGAUACUCUUUAUGGAAAAUUGGAAGUGUACGAGUUUCCAUCUAACACAAGGAGAACCAUAAUCCCCGCAUAUAGGGAACCAUUUCUUACUUCUCCAUUGGGGCUGACACUCUAUGGGAGUAAUUUCUUUUGGACUGACACACAUCUUAAUGGAAUAUAUCGAGCGGACCGUAACACUGGAGGAAACGCUUCAAAAGUCCUAUCUACGUCUUCUCAACCAGCUUUGAUUCAUGCGUAUGACAGGAAUAUGAAUAUCACUCCAGGUAUAAUUUAACCUCGAUUAUCAUAUUUAUAGAAUAGAAGUAGUUCGUAAAACGUACAACCGAAGGCUCGUAUUUCAUUAAUUGCGGUACACAACCAAAAUGGUAUUUUGCAUGCGCAACAAACUGUAUUAUGGGUAUAACACGAGAUACUAUUUGAGCACAAGUCUAAGUGAAACUCAUUCUAUCGCAUGUUAGUUGCUUAUGAAGUUGGACGGUUUUUCUUGGUCCACACUGUACUUAUCGUGACAUGCAUUUAAAGUAAAGUGGUUUUGCCCUUUGGUCACAUGUUUGUAAUAUGGGCCUUUCUGUAAAUAUUUGCUGUACAUUAAUGUAUUUGGUUUGUGCAUUAAGAAGAACGGUUGUUUUCGUGCUAGUCGCUCUACUCUCUCUUAAUGCAACACCAGAGAUCCAACCAGUAAAAUGUAGCCGUUCACGGUUGCAUAUUUGCUUUCAGUUCCCAUUUAUUACCAUUAUCAUUAUCAUUAUCUUUAUCAUUACCAUUAUCAUUAUCAUUAUUAUUAUUGUUAUUAUUUUUAUUAGUUAUUGUAUUGGCCCUUGCAAUUCAUUCUUGUUCUGUUUCCAUUUUAAUUCUUGGCAACUUGUGCAAAAUAUUUAGACAAAAUGAAGGUGUACUAACCUAACUAUGUUAUUUUGUAGUAACGGAUCAGUGCAUGAACCAAAAUGGUGGAUGCAGUCACUUCUGCUUAGUCUCAACCAGUGGUAAAAAAUGUUUGUGUUCUGCGGGGUUUUAUCUUCAAGACGACGGAAAAGGUUGUAAAGGUAAUAAAUCACAACCAUACAUUACACACCUGAGUUUGACUAAAACAGAGUGGCGUGUCUUGGAAAUAUUUUAAUUUCUCUUUCUCAACAAGCACUAUUAUCUCCUAGUGUUUAUGACACAACUUUUCCCGUAGACUGGUAACGAGUUAAUUAAAAAUAAUUUAUUUUUCCAUUGUUUUUUAGAUUUACUGUUUAUAAUACGAAACAUAUUUUUCAGCGGUAAUUAUCAAUAUCCACGUUCUCUUUCAAAAACGUUCAGAGGCAAAGUUCAAAAAACGGAAUAAAUUGAUGAGAAGGAAAGAAGUUACCUAGACUUAUUUUGUUGAGCGAGUAACGAAAAUAAUUGUUUUGAUUUUGUCAAUCAAGUUUUCACGAGGGAAUAAUAAUGUUUCUGCUCGUGCGCAACUGGUUUAAAUGCAUGAUGUGACCUAAUAUGCCCCUGCUAAAACUCAGGGAUAUAUGGAGGAUAUUGCCCAAGUGAUAUUCCUCAAUUUUUAAACCCUGCGUCCAUUACGAUAAGUCUCCGUUUUAAAUUUAAAAUAAGAAGAGGAGUCGUAUUGUCGUUCCCCAUUUCCCAUUUCUCAUUUCUCGUUUCUCAUUUCCCAUUUCCCAUUCCCCAUUUCCCAUUUCCCUUUCUACGUUUUACAUUUUCCAUUUCCCACUUCCCAUUUCCCAUUCCCCAUUCCUCAUUUUCCAUUUCCCAUUUUCCACUUCCCAUUCUCCAUUUUCCAUUCCCCAUUCCCCAUUCCCCGUUCCCCGUUCUCCGUUCCCCGUUCCCCGUUCCCCGUUCUCCGUUCCCCGUUCUCCGUAUUAGUAACGUCUCAGUAAAUCAGCCAUCUUUUAGUAACGUCUCAGUAAAUCAGCCAUCUUGCGUGUUCAAAAUUGAAUCAUUUUUUCUCAAGUGACACAGGAUACUAAUAUGAAGCAGGUUUUACAUUUUGCAUGUGUUUUCAUUCAAUCCUUUAAAUUACUAGUUGCCACUGCCUAUUAUUGUUUUUGGAAAGGCGGUGACUCCUUCCAGAAAAAAAAAGGGCUUUGCAUCAGUGAUCUUAAAAGUAGACUUCCUUAUCGCAGUGUGCAAACAUUGUAAUACGUAUAAAUGUUUUCCUACAGCUCAAAGAGAGAUCCUGCUUUAUGCAGAUAAUUCAUAUAACAAGAUAAUGAGGGUUUCUCCGCACGACUCUGGAUUACGUGAUCGAUUGCCGUUUUCAAACAUCUAUAGUCCUUUCGCGCUGGACUAUGAUCAAGUAGAAGACAGACUGUAUUGGACACAAUAUGGAAAGAUCUCCCGCGCAUUUCUUAAUGGUUCUUCCCAAGAGACCAUAAUUGACGAGAACUUGUACACCACGUACGGACUAGCAGUGGACAGUGUUGGAAGAAAUCUUUACUGGACCAAUGCAGGAAAAAGUAUGUUGGAAGUUUCUAAACUGGACGGUUCUCGUCGGAUGGCUCUCAUGAUUCAUAACAUAGAUCAACCCAUGGACAUUAUUCUGGAUGUAUAUAGGAGGUUAGUUGCAGUUAACAGAUGGAUUAGUAUUCAAGUUAAAUAGGCAAGAGGAUGGACAGAUUCUAAAGUUAAAACGGUCAUAGGCGUUCAAUAGUUUUAGCGCUCCAAGCUGCGACCGUUUUGGUCGCCGUGGCGAAUGAAAAAUUUUAUAGGCGACUACAAUUUUCAACAGAUUUGAAAAAAAGGUCUAAAAAUCUAUCGAUGUUUGGUGGAAUUAUCAAACGUACAAACCUCAAUAACGUAACAUGAACUGUCCUCCCAAACGCUGUUCGUCUUCGUUCCUUUUUUGCUUAUUUAUACACAUUUGUAUUUGUAUUUAGAUAAUUAGUAUAUAUCACACAGGUCACAAAUACUUUUUUGCGUGCUCUGAUUGGACCAUUUCCGGCAUAUGACGUGGCAUAUGAACUUCGUAAUAGACCUCGCUCACCGUAGAGUCUCUGUGGCUCAGUGGUAGAGCAUCGGAGCGCGGAAUCCGAAGGUCUGAGGUUCGAUUCCUCAUGGAGACUCAGAAUUUGUUUUUUGUCCCACGCUCGUGACAAGACGAAAAACAUCUCUCUGAAGCAAGGUCUUAAUUCAAGAUUAAGUACGUGUCAAAUUCCCAAUAGAGUGGGUUAGCAAGAGGACAGGAACGUCAUUUCAGAACGGCGCGCGCAGCGAAAACUUCGAUAAGAAACUGGGUCGAGAACGCCGUCGCGUUAUGUUGAAAAGCGAUUUAGCAGUCGUUGCAACGAGAAUCCUCACCUCGGCUUUUUAAAGAUCACCAUCACCUUUGAAUUUUUGGUUUUAUAGACCACUCUAAGGACAACGAAAUUAUCUUCUUUGAGAGUUAUGUAACAAGCGCAAGCAGAGGAUAGUUUGAAACUAUCCCAUUCUAGUUUAGUCUCGAGUCUGCUGAUUCAUAUAUCAAAUAGGUUUUUUUUCUAUGAUUUGUGUCGCUGUCAUUUCGUUUCGUGCAACUAGAUUUUAGCACUACUCGUUUUUCUUCAUAAUUUUGUACAGGAUAAUUUGGAAAUCGUCGUCGUUUUUCCCCUUGUUUACUGAAUAUUCUUCUCAAUUAUGACAGUUAAUCUCUUUUGAGCACCACCUUCUUAGAGUUGAAAUGCGUUUUGAACGGAAUUAUCAGGAGUUAUGGCGAAACUAUGUAGAAACCAAGCGACCCAACGAUGGAGUUGUUUACGAUUAGUUCCUAUUUAUCCGUGAAAGAAUGAAAUGAACUCAAACUAGUCACCAACGAAACGGUUAGACUUUGGAAUAAGACUUCCUUCCUUUUUUUUUGUUGUUGUUUUGUUUUUGGUUUUGUUUAAUUUAAUUUAAUUUUUUCUUAAACGAAUGAAAUCGUUCAAGACUGAAUCAAAUAUAUAGAUCUUGAAAGUCGUACCGAAAUCAAGUUGAUUGUUAUUUUAUUUCGAAGCGAGGGCAUGACUUUCUUGUCUUAGUUUUCACCGGCGCUGAUCAAAAAUUUCAAACAUAAAAAAUUGCAUACCUGAGCUAUUCUCGAUCCUUUUUCAUCUCUGACUUUCAAUUCGCAGAGAAUUGAGAAGUUUUCAAUCACGGUAGAAACUACAAUAACAACAAAUAACACUGAAUAAUACAGUAGGCAAGCGUCGUGAUAUUUCAUUUUGAUAAACUUCAACAUGAAGCAAGUUGAAUUUAUUCAUGAAUUGAUUCAUGAUAAAAUUAACAGCGUUCCAUUCUCAGAGUUUUCGUACAGGAUUAAAGAAAUGUAUCAAAGAACAGCCCUUUUGCUGUUCUAAGCCUUGCUCAAUUACAAGAGUACUGAGCCCUAAAAUCUUGGAUCCGGCGCUUGCCAACGAUUGUGUUUCCGUUCGGGAAUUCAGCAUAAAUGAAGCGGUAAAUUUUCCCAAAAUACACCGAAUAAACCAAGGGAAGGGACCAGGUUAUCCUGGAAAUGAGUUCUGAAAUAAUUCCAAACAGCACUAGCUCGUCUAUGAGCGCAAAAUUUAUGUAAAUCCCAGGCGUUUUGGUCGCGACGGGAAAACCAGCGUAAUGACGUCUGAACUUAUUGGGGAAAACGGCAACGCUAACACCGGAAGUCGAAAUAGAGUCGUGUCCAGACUAUCCGCGCGCUUUCCCGUUCUGAAAUGACGUUCCUGUCCUCUUACUAAAUCACUCUACUGUUAUUCCACAAUUACUUCGUUUUAACAAAUUAGGUCAUAAUGUUGCUCGCAUUUUCCCUCGCUCCUACCGUGCUCGGAAAAAUACAACGCAACUCACAAAAUAGUCGCGCGUCUUUUAUGCUAAGCCGUGGAAUGAGGUAGAGAGAUUGAAUAGCGUGAACUGUAAUGCAAAGAGCUUAAGAUUUUUGAUUGACAAAUUCGGCAUCAGAAACUACCACUUCCUUAUGAUGGCCCAACCUACGAAAUUUCUUAUUUCCAUAUUUAACGAGGGUAAGCUUUUCUUAACACAAACAACCCUGUGAAGGUAUGUCCUUUUCCCUGAAGCAAAAAAAAUGGUCACAGCAUGUUGAUUACGACAGAUUCCUUACACCUCUACGCUUUCGAUAUGAUACUCGUUGGCUACUAGCAUAUCAUCUGAAUUAGUUGUCGUUCCAAACGCGCUUUAACGUCGAACCUUUUUAAGUUCCUUUGAGUAUAGAGGCGUUUGCAAGAAACCUCUUUCAAAUUGACGUAUACCUGUAGUCAAGUUAUACCCAAGAAGUUACGUACAAUUGUUUGUUUAUUUAAAAUGAUCUUUGAUUCCUUUAGUCAAAGUUGUCAACAAGUCGCUUACGACUCAUGUUUUGCAUAACAUUUUGUUUAUAGAGUGAUGUAUUGGACAGACAGGGGCACUAACGCAAAAAUCGAAAAGGCUGAAAUGACGGGCAGAAAACGUGUCGUUAUCGUUAGUUCAGGACUGUAUCGGCCAAACGGUCUCACUCUUGACAGAAAGAAAAACUGCUUGUAUUGGAUCAAUGCUGGGUACCGAAAAAUAGAAUAUCUGGAUGUGAAUCAAAAUAAGAGGGUGGUGCUGCUAAGUUCUUACAGCCUAUAUUAUGCCUUUGGUUUGACUCUGCUCGGAGAUAACUUGUACUGGACGUCGGGUUGGUAUGGUUAUGGUGUUUAUCGAACCGAUAAGGAGACUGGUAGCGGUGUCACCAAUUUCAUCAGCAGCACUGGAUCGCUAAAAGGCAUUCGUGGAUAUAACCUUAGUGAGCCCUUUCCAACAGGUGAAAAUAAAUUAAAUGAGCAUUAUCGCAUUUUGCACACAUCUUUGAAUACUAGCCCAAAUUUUUCAUAGUUAUAUAAUUUGGAACUCCAUUUGAUCGUUUGCAUUGCUCUCCAUCAUUUGUCCCUUUGUUUAGUUUAGGUCUCUUUUUGUUUGUCCACUCAGCAAACUAGAAGAGUCUUUGAAAGUUUUAUUCCGUCGGAAGGCGUUAUUCAAAUUGUCGCCGCGUUACUCUUGUAAGUUCUUGAGUGAUUCCUUCAGAGGUUGAUGGAAGCAAGUUCCCAUACAUGCUCUUAAGUGUUACGAGGACUUAAAACUUGCAAAGCAGUCCGUCGGGAAAUUUUUCAGUGGGUGGUUCUAUUGCGCAUGAGCCAAUUGAAAUAUCAAGGCGCGGUCUCAGAGGAGUACAAAGUAAAGGCUAUCCGGUUCACUAAUGUUUCUCGCACGUUAAUUUCUUGCAGUUGAAGGUGGUUUCCCCAUUAUGAGUAUAUAGCUAACUUUCAUCAUUUUACUCAUAUCAUCCCUUUUUCGUGUUCUCUACAUUUACACACGCUCAACGUGGUUGUGAGAUUGAGUUAAGAAACUCUAACUAAGUACAGUGGCACUGCGUAUCUAUAAGUGCUCUGUGAAUAAUCCAGUUUACACCAUUUUCGAAAAGUGCAGAUAAUUUCUCUGAUUGUCUAACCUCUAGCACAUUUUUGACACACAUAGCUUAUAUUUUUAUUGCGAAAAUUUAUCGUAUUGGUAGUUAAAGCCUGCAUUUGUUCAUGUCGAUGAGGUCACUAGUGUACCUGAGACACUAACUAUUUACACUUUUUACGUGAGUGCAUAUGGAAUCUUAAUGGCCCAACCAUAAGGGUGAAUCAUGUCUUUAGAACCCAAGCGUACACCCAUCAUUGAAAUAUUAUGCGAUGAAGGACCGAAUGGCUGGCUUUAGAACCUUGUGGGCUAUCAUUAAGGUCCCAAAGAAUGGCUCCACGAUCCUGAAAACUUCUUUUCAAAAUCCAGAUCGUUUUACCAUUAAAACUAGUGUCAGAAUGUAGUAAAUUAAACGAUAUCUUUCUUUUAACAGAAGGAAACUCUUCUUGCCUUGGUGAUUGCAGUCAUAUUUGUUUGUUGUCUCCUAACGGAAGUACAUGCGCAUGCCCAGUUCACUUUACCCUUGAAGAAGAUGGGAAGACUUGCAAACAUGACGGUAAUUAAAUGCACCACAAACUCCUUAAAGAUACAAGAAUCCAAAUUUUAUUUUUAUGUCAUUUGUAUUAAGAGCGUCAUAAAGUUUCAAAAAUCAAAAUAAACAUUUCAAUUUCAUGCAUUUUCAUAUUUGCAGCAUAGAGGGCCUCGGCCAAUGAAGUGUUUUAUCUGAAAUAGCACGAAUUCUAGACUGACGCCUGAAAUCGAUGCAGGGGUGUUAUGCCACAGUGCCUAACAUGUUGCAAGGAUUGACCAAGCCACUACCAAUAGGAUACGUUUUUAGUCCUUGUAAUGAUUUAAAUGCAAAGGGAAAAAGUAGUUAUGUAUUUGAAAAGGGAGAUCACAUGGUUGACUAAAUGGUAAAGCCGGUCCUCUUCAACCCCUUAGCUACUCAAAUACAAUUUACAUUAUCAAAAAUUAAUCAGUAAAUUUUUUUUGGCGUUAAAAUUUGAAUUUUUCAGCGCUUUUGUAAAUCUCUUAAUAUCAGGUCCCUCUUGAACUAGAUAGUUUGCUAAACUAUUCUAAGGUUUAAUAAUUUACGGUUCUUGUUUUUAGCACCUCAGAAGAUAUUACUUUUUGCUGAUGGUCGUCUGAGCCAAAUAUAUACAUUAUCUCUCGACGAAUCGAACACAAGCGCCAAAUUGGUACCAAUGGCACAUAUUCAUCGUAUGCGUCGACCUGCGGCACUUGAUUUCGACAGUACAGAAGACAGAAUAUAUUGGACGGAUACAAGCUUGAAUACAAUAUCUAGGAUGUUUAUUAAUGGAUCGUCUUCAGAGACUGUCAUUUCCAGAGGAGUUUAUUAUCCUUAUGGGCUGGCGGUUGAUCCAGUAGGAAGAAAUAUUUACUGGACUGAUUAUUCUCUUAACAAAAUUGAAGUUAGCAGAAUGAAUGGAUCAAUACGAAAAACCUUGAUUACCCGAGACCUAGAUAAUCCACGAGAUAUAAUCUUGGAUAUCGACAAAGGGUAAGAUUAUCUUUAGGUUUGCAGUUUGGCGGGGCGAGGAGGGGGGCGGAAACGCUGGUUAUAAAGAAUGAAUUUGGUCAAAAUUAAUGAAAUUUAAAUCCCUAAAACUGCUCAGGAACAGCUUUUUGGAAGUGCUUGUGGAUCAAAAUUUUGUUUUGUCUGAACUACCAAAUCUUAACUUUAGAAAACCUCAAACAGCACUUACCCACAGUAAAUUUUCUAGCUAAAGCGCGACUCAUCGAUCACUUGCAUUGUGAAUUGUCUCCACCUUUUUCAUACUCCUGCCUAAUAAAGCUUAAUUUUCUUGCACGUUUCGAAUUGGUGCAAAAAUUUGUCGUUUUUCAUUGAUUCAUAGUAUCACCGUCUUCAUCUGUUCUAAGAAUGGUUAAUGUUGGAAUGUGUCAUCUCCCAAUCAAAGUCUUUUUUUAUGUCGAGGGAAAUAAGAGUAUCUUUUGCAUCAUUAAUAAGAUAUUAGUUUACUUAAGUUGAGGCUUGUUUUCGACUCCGUCGCGAACUUAGUCUCGUAGGUUUCACAACUUGUAAUAAUCGAUUCCCUCUGUUUUAAUUAAAUACAGUUUGAUGUACUGGUCCGACUGGGGUACCAGCCACAAAAUUGAGGUCGCUAGCAUGGAUGGAAAUAAUAGAAGCACACUGGUUAAAAGAGGGCUUUACUGGCCUAAUGGGUUGACCUUGGAUGGUGCUAAUAACAAGCUUUAUUGGGUAGACGCAUGGUUUCAUAUGUUGGAAUACUACGACUUACAGCGUCAUACGAUUACAUCUCUGUUCCGUGACAGAUAUGUAUUAUCGAACCCAUUUGGUUUGACAUUGCUCGAAGAUAAAAUUUACUGGACCGAUUCAAGUUCGGGUGUUGUUUAUCAGUCGCCAAAAGACUCUCCGUCAAAUGCAACCGUUCUCGUUAGCGGUUUGUCUCAACCAUUGGAUAUACAUGCCUAUGACAGGAAUCAGACUUUUCCAGGUAUCAAUUAGUCUUGAUCAUUUCUCAAUUUCUCUCUCUCUCUCUCUCUCUCUCUUACACAUCUGUUCGUUUCAAUAUAUAUUAAUGAUAUGAAAUAACCUCCAGCAGUUACACUAUUUAACAAGUUUAAUAAUACAACCUCUCGCUAUUUCUUUCUUUGUCGACUCCAGAUCAGUCGCACCGGGAGACCACCGCUUGACCUUUCAUUCCUUAAUAAUGGAAAAAUAUACAUUCUCCGCGUACGUUUUUGCUAAGUGUCCAAUUUUCACGAUUAUUUUCUAUAAAUUUUAAACUAACUAAUAUUUCUUUUGACUCUACUUUUAGACCAUCCCUGCUCCUUGUCUUCUGGUGGAUGUUCUCAUCUCUGCCUUCUGAGACCGAGGGGAUACAAAUGCGCAUGCCCCGACAAUCUCGAACUGUGGAAAGAUGAGAAAACCUGUAUCCCACAGACAUACAGUAAGACACAUGCCACAUUCUAACCAAACUAGUCAAAUUCUUAACUCUAUAAACUCUCAUAAUGUAAAUAAAACAGAUUUACUACGAGAAGAUCCAAUUCUUGUAUUAUCGUUAGAAUUGCAGCGAUACUCUCGCGUUACAGCGUUACUCUUGCGUUUCAAUUUCAAUUUCCUAUCAGUUACUGCAGUGAAUUUAAAUGAUGAUUUUGCCAGUAUUCAGCUCGCUGAGCUAACAGCAUUGUUCGUUCAGUUUUUCAGAAAUUCUUACUGUUUGCUGAUGUCUGGAAUGCCGAAAUUUACAUUCUCGAUUUGGAUGAAUCCAAUUUUUUGGUCAAAGCUCUGCCGAUAAGAGGUUUCAUGUAUCGACCAGUUGCACUUGGAAUGGACAUUACAGAUAAUAGAGUGUACUGGACAGACGUCAGCCUAAACAGUAUCAGAAGGGCAUUCAUAAAUGGGACAUCACCAGAAGUUCUCGUUUCUGUAAAUGUGUAUAAUCCUUAUGGACUUGCUGUUGACCCUGUGGGAGGAAACAUCUACUGGAGUGACACUUCCACCAAAAGGAUCGAAGUCUGCAGAAUGGACGGAACCAUGAGGAAAGUAUUGAUCGACAAGGAUCUAGACAAGCCAAGGGAUAUAAUUCUUGAUCUUUCUAAAGGGUAAAUACUUUUACCUAGUCAUUGUCUCUCACAGGUGAUUCCUCUGUAAUACACAACGCAUCCUGCACUGCGCAUCCUGCAUUGCGCAUAAAAUGCGCAAUGCAGGAUGCGCAUAAAUUGCGCAUAAAAUGCGCGCAAUUACUCAUUUGGUGAGUAAUCGCGCGCAUUGUGAGAACAUGGUAUUUGGUUUUUUUAUUCAUUGGACGAGGUCACUAGGAACAAUGGUCUUUUGCACUUUAAUGAGCACGUUAACCUAUAUUUUUUAUUAGAUGAUCUUGUUGAACAAAUUAUUUAGGAAUCACGUUAUUUGUUGUACACUCUAUUGCAAAAAAAAUUAGUAUAUUUAAAAAAGAAGCUUACUACUUUAGUUCUAUAUUCCCAUGCAUGCCUUUAGAUCAUUUUGUUUUUUUCACAGACGAAAGCCUGUCCUGCCCAGGAAAUAAAAGGGAAAGAAACAAACCUUGUAACCUUUGUGUUAAGAAUAGCAAUUUGUUUUCAUUAUUAGUGGUCUCAAGACAGUUUCAAAAAUAGUCUUCUAAACGAGGGUCUUGAUGGAGUUAACCAUUAGCCGUUAGGCGUAAAAUUGACCGAUUUAAACCGACAGUCGUGAAAAAAAGUUAACCGUAAACAUUUUUCCCUUUUACAAUCCGUCAUUAUGUGUCAUUUUGGGCUAACGGCAGCCGUGAAAUGGCCAAAAUUUUAACCGUUAGGCGUAAACAGUUGGUGUGCUCUCAGCUCCUAGCUCUUAGUAGGUAAGUUUCAGCUAACGAGAGUCUGCCGAACGGUAUAUCAGUGCCAAUUUGUUUCAAGAAAAAAUUCGCACACAAUUAUGUCUAACUAAGAGACUAACCCCAACCAACCUUAUAAUCCCCUGGUCUCACUUUACUGAUGUACCACAAGAGCUGUGUAAGAGAUUCCAUCACAACCUCUUCUUAUUUCGCCAUCAGCCAUUAUCGUCAAGCGGGAACAUUUGCCAUAGAUAUGCGACUUUCUUGAUUUUUGCUGCUUUUAAGGUUGAUGUACUGGUGUGACCGGGGUACUGUGCCUAAGAUUGAAGUUGCUAACAUGGACGGAAGCAGUCGGCAAAUAUUGGUAAAAAGAGGAUUAUACUGGCCAAAUGGUCUCACUUUAGAUGAAGCAAAUAAUCGGCUCUACUGGGUAGACGCAUACUUUAACGUUCUUGAAUACUAUGAUUUGGAACGUCACACAAUAACAACUUUGAUGGAAGAUAGUUCUAAAUUACCAUAUCCGUUUGGUUUGACGCUGCUCGAAGAUCACUUGUACUGGACGGAUCUUGGAUUAGAUGUUGUUAAUCGAGCGGAAAAGAAGACACUUUCAAACAUGACAGUUGUUGCCAAGGGCCUUCGUCGACCCAUGUAUAUACAUGCUUAUGAUAGGAAUAAACCUCUCCCAGGUAAACAACUUCUAACACCAUAGCUUUAUGUCUUUUUUGUCUUCUCCUGAGUCACCUCCUUUAGAGACAUUUUGAAGUGACCUCCAUAGUGCCGUCAACUUUAGGGAAUGGCUAUUUUUUUUCAGCCUUCUGGAUACUGUGAAAAAAUCAUUAAUAGAUUCCUUACUACUAAUCUACUCAACUGAAGGCGUUUUACCCCAGAAAUAAUUUUGUGCAAUUAUCAACUUUUUGAAAAAGAGAGAUGGCGUGACGGAAUAUGAAAAAUAAUGAACAUUAAGAGCAUGAAAAAAGGUAUAUAUUCUUUAUAAUUCGGAAUAUUUCUAGACUCAUUCUUAUCUUGCGUUCUAGCUUGAAAUUAAAUCCGUAAUCAUACAGUUCGCGGAUAAAGCUCAACAAAGCUUAUGUUCUCUCAGUUUGUACAAGUUAUCAUGAUGGUUUGAGGCAAGGAAUGAAAACCAGUAACUUAGUUUCCAAUCAAUGGUUAACAGACACUCACCAAACUACUGUAUACAUAGGUAUACUAGGAGCUGGAGGUGGACUCGUACUUUUUCGUAUAAAUUUGGAGGAGAUCAAAUCAAAAGCUAUCAAAAAAAGGAAACAGGUUGCCUUGCAUUUCUCAUAGUUAUGAGCGCUUGAUUAUAUCGAAGUUUCUUCGUCAACAGAUCACCCCUGUUCUAAGUCCUAUGGUGGGUGUUCUCACCUGUGCCUUUUGAGACCGGAUGGAUAUCGGUGCUCGUGUCCAGACUACCUGCAAACCGGUGAAAAUUGCUCUAGUUCUGGUAAGUGGUGUAUUUGAGGAUGGCCAUUUAGUUUCGACGAACUAUAUCGAGAAUUUCAGAGUCAGAUAUACCCUUGUCAGACGUUUUCCUAGUCAGGUCCACUCAAAACAAAGCAACGACAGUUGAACAACAGCUUUCUUUACUCUACUAGUAAGCUCAGUACAUGCCGUCCGAUUGCAAAUGACAAACAAUGUGCUCGUACAGUUUCUUCGGGCAUCAUCUUUUCCUCUAAGCCACAAUUUUUCUUUAAGCGUCGUGUGCCGAAAGUUUUUUCCUCUCAUAACAAACAACGUCAAUGAGAAUUUCCCUUCCAAAAGGGUUAUUUUUUAUUUAAAGGGGGUAAGUCUCUAAAGAAACUGUGGUGCUGCGUCCGUGAAAGAGUAUAACAGGUUAAUUUAGUAUUAUCUACUGAGUUGAUAACUUAAAUUGGCCACCGUAAAGAGUUACAAAGCUAACCUUUCGAGCGUCAGCCCUUCCUCAGAGCGAAUGACGAAUUAUUGUUUAUUUAUGUCUAAUCAGAAUCUUUCUUCUCCGAAAUCAGUCCACCCCUAUUCUCCACCUUCUUCAAGUACGCCUGAAGCCACAACAACACAGCAGUCAGCCACCACACAGCAGUCAUCCACCACAGGGCAGUUAUCCACCAGACAACAGUCAUCCACCAGACAGCAGUCAUCCACCACACAGCAGUCAUCCACCACACGGCAGUCAUCCACCACACGGCAGUUAUCCACCAGACAGCAGUCAUCCACUAGACAGCAGUCAUCCACCACACAGCAGUCAUCCACCACACAGCAGUCAUCCAUCACACAGCAGUCAUCCACCGCACAACAGUCAUCCACCACACAGCAGUCAUCCACCCGACAGCAGUCAUCCACUACACGGCAGUUAUCCACCACACAGCAGUCAUCCACCAAACAGCAGUCAUCCACAAUACGGCAGUCAUCCACCAGACAGCAUUUAUCCACCAGACAGCAGUCAUCCACCACACAACAGUCACCCACCAGACAGAAGUCAUCCCCCACACAGCAGUCGUUCACCACACAGCAGUCAUCCACCAGACAACAAUCAACUCCUCUUGGUCCUUAUGAUUGUCGUUCGAACAAGUGUAAAAAUGGAGGAUCUUGUGUAAUUCCUGGUUAUUUUUGCGAGUGUCCGAAGUAUUAUGUUUGGUACCUCUGCCUUGUUUACGUUGGUAAGCGUAAAUGGAUUAAAUUGAGCUUAUACUCUUGUUUAUCAAGCCGAUUUGUUGAUACUAGGUCAUCUGUUCCCUUGUACCACAGAGAAUCAGUAUGCGGGGAAGAUGGUAGAGAUGUAAAUGUAAUCUAUCCGGGCUGUGCUCUGCUGAAGUCGCAUUUUCGUACAGGCUAGAUUGAAAGAAUUCCUAUUCUAGAGCGGUACUAAGGAUAUCAUAUUCCCCUUUGUGUCAGUUGUCAUACAAGAUCACCUAGUGUUAAAAAACACGAGUAUGGACAUGGGAUGCAAGUCAUAACAUAGGUUCUAUUUCAAUGUAAAUGUUCGCUAUAAAACUCAAAAUGAAAGAAAAGAAGCUGCCCAGAAAUAAGAUCAGUGCUGGCUAGAAGGACUUCAUCACAUCUUGUGAAAGGUUUGAUACCUCUCAGUAACAUCAUUGUAAUUGUAAGAAGAAUUUUUAAGAAUGCUGUUCUCAUUUUAGGUUCAAGCGCCGUAGAAGUAGAGAUAAAUCUUCAAAACGAGGUAAGGAUGCUGCGUUUUGUUUCGUGCUGACAACCUUCCCCCCUCCUCUCCUCAGCGUAACCAGCCUUGCAUUUUUCUUUUAACCAUAGAACGUUCCGUAGGAAGUGCAAGAACGGUGAAUCAAGGUUUUACUGGCAGAAGAAGUCAAGAAUUUUUAUUUCUUUUCCUUUGUUAUCCCGACCAGCUAUUUUAACAAUGACUGAUUCCCUAUUUGGUUGAUCAAUAUCCAAUAACCGUGUGAGCUCUAGAAAUAAAAAUGGCUACUGUUUCCUUACGAAUACAUACCUAGAUCUGCGAAGGAUUCGAACUGAGUUUCCAAUGUCGGAUCCUUUGCUCUGUCACCAAGUAGGUUUGUUUCGGUGGAUUCGCUUUCAUCUCCUCCACUUUCUACAAACAACAGCUCUAAAUGAAUGGCGCCGGGAGCUAAAUAAACCGCAAGUCAUGUUUAACUUGAACGAACUUUUCAUUAGAUAGUACAAUCCUGUUUUUAUUUUAUUGAAUUCUGUUUAGAAACAAUGGAUAACGUAUGACUUCCAGGCUGCAGUGGCAAAAGCUUGCACAAGUUUUUUUUGCGUAGAUGAGGAAUGUGGAAGGUAACGGUAGUAUCUGAUUAAUGUAUUUACACUCCAUGCAUUGGAGAGUUGGCCUUCUUCAUUUAAAAACAACUUGAAAAUUGAGUUCCUUUAUCUGAUUGACAAACGCUCGAAUAUUCGUAAUUUUACAUAAGAGGAAAUUUAUGACGGUCCUACCAACAUCAACUCCUCUUUCAGAUCAGAUAUGUCAAUCAGCGAAUUCCCCCCACCACCGCAUUUUAGGCUUUUCCUAAAAUAAGUGUGACUUAAUUUCUUAAAAUUCACCUGCAGCAAGUCAAAACGAGAUAGUAAUUCAGAAAAGGAAAAGAAAUUCGUGGCUUCCGACGCUAAAAUACUUGGACUUUCCAUUGGUGGAGAAAAUAUUUUGAAAAUAGAGGUAGCUGUUUUAUUUCCAUUUGUGGAAGGCCAGGUUCCUGAACCUGUACCUCGUGCAACACUGGACCAAAUACUCCAAAAAAAUGAAGAAAGUCUUGGGGCAGCCAUUGGAGGCACAAUUAUCAGGAUCGGUAAUAACAUUUUUAACCUUUAUCGCGCUUCUCAGGAAAAAGGCAAUAAGCCAGUUUUUUUUUUUUUAAUAAUAAUAUGAAAGCAAGACAUACCAUAGAGUUUGAGAUCUAUUUUAGGUUAAUGGACAACUAGCUUGUAUCUACCCCGGGUUCCUUUGCUAUGGAGAACCAAACGUUUCAGUCACUAGACUCCGACUUCUACAUCAAUAGCUGCAGAGUUUCAGAAAUUCAGGGAGUUCAAAGCUUGUAGUUUGGUCAAUGACGAGGACAAAAAGGAAGCGAUUUGGUUACAAACUGAGCUAAUUCUCAUAAGCCAUCCCUUCCAUAUGUUAUCAUAGAAAAUUAAAGUAAGACUACCUUGAAAAAUUUGCGCUGAUUUAAGUCACGUUUAUUUAUUUUAUUAUUUUUUUGCUUGGCCUUUAUUCUUGAGUCAUCAAUUAGGUGGUUAACUUAAGCUUAUUUUUGUGACCCUGAUUCCCAGUCAACGAGCCGGAAAUUCUCGAUAGUUAUCGGAACAUUUUGACGAUUUCAAAAUAGAAUAGAUUUUCAUUUCGCCUACUCUUUCUUCACAAAGCCGAUAUCACAGUCUCUAUAUGAAGUGCUCCAGUUGGUGUGAAUCCUUCCCUUGUACACUAGCUGUAUACUAAGUUUGGGGACGAUUAUUGUACAAUAUCACUAAAUUUGUGUCAAACAUUGCAGGGCUUGUUUUUUUUAAUACCAUGUUUGAGGUACAUGCGGUAUAUGAGCUUAGAUACCAGGGCCUGGGCACCAAUCAAAACUCAGGACUUGAUAUGUAUCACAGAUAGUUGUAAACUGUUAAACGAUGAUCACUUUCUACCUUUUUUCAAGGCAAACGACAGGUAGAGAACCCAACAAAUACUGAAAGGUCUACUCAAGAUAAAGAGACGUUUAACGUGCCAAUUGUUGCUGGGUUAGGAGGCACUGUUGUUCUGUUGAUGUUAAUCGUGGUAUUCUUCGUUUGCCAAAUGAUGCGGUGAGGCUUUCGAAAGAAGUAACUUUAUUUUAUUUAUUAAUCAGUCAGUCGACUAGUUAUUAUGAAGUAGGCCCACAUCUUUUGGCUUUAACAUUUACAAUCCUGUUAAUCUUUUUCGUCCUUGUCAUUCUCCUUCCUUCUUAUAUUUCAUUUUGCACCUUCUUGCGCUUUUGGAGUCUCAGUGUAUCCCAGAAAGCUUUUCAGUAUUUUUUAGUUUCCUUCUAUUGCAAAUCACCUACUCCUGCUACUGCAAAAAUAUCACGAAACAUCGCGACGUAGCCCCUUGGAGGUUGGAGACGUCCCAAUAAACUGUAACUGCAUUAGAAAUAUCAUUUACUUCUUUACUGAAAAUGGAGAGAAUAACUAUGACAGAAGGGCAUUUAUUUAGAAGGGACUGUUGUUGUGGUUGUUUUCUCUUUUCUUAGGAAAUGUCUGAUUUGUCUUACAGGAAAAGAAGUCGCACAGGGAAAAGAAAAGACGAAAUCUAUUUGGACAGUGACUUUGCGCACCCCAGAGCCAAUUUCACUGUUACAUUUGAAAACCUAGGGUAUGCCGCGGAAAACACUACGCAUGAAUCCGUCCACCACAGAAGUGGAUCGGUGACAUCCAGACAAGAGCAAGUCAACGGGGUUGGAUCCUUGGACAACAACAACGCAACCCAGCAAGUAACCGAAAAAACUGUUAUGAGUAACCCAACCUAUGGUGUGCCAUUCACUAAAGAUCCUGCAAUCAUCGAAGAUUCUAAAAAUCGCUAUGCCACCAUCGAGGACAAGAAGACAGAGUCAUAGGCGAAAGGAGCCGGGGUGACUGAUAAAGUUAAUUACGUAAAUCUUCUAGAAAAGCACGUAGGAAAGUGAUAGUAACAUGCUGUUGCGAAAGUGAGUUAGGUUUCCCUAGCAACUGCAUUUUUUUGUUUGCUUCUGUAGAGAACACCAAUCAACGGCUCUAGUUACAGGAAACAUGCCGGAGUUGAUAUUUCCACAACAUUCCUAUAGGCUCUUUUUGGGCUAGAUGUUGGAAUAAAGAGAGAUGCUUUCAAUUCCUUUGGUCGCAAGCUUGACACAAAUCAAUUUUUUUUCUUUUUUUUCAUUUUCCCUCCCAAAAACCGACAAAAAUGCGUAUUUUUCCCUCUACACUAUUUAGGGAAACUUGUUAGUUUGAAUUCACCUUUAAUGUUACUUUAGUUUGCCGUACGAUCCCUCUUGAGUUAGGAAAAGGAUAGGGUCACUAUAAAAAUCUGAUCUUCAUGAAUUAUUGAAAUAACUAAUAUUUUUUUUCAUUAUGACGAAGCUACGCUUUAGUAUCCAGUUCUUGGCGGCGGUAGAAUUAAAUAGAAAUCUGCUGACUCAGAAAAAGUAUGCGGCAUACUUUUUUUUUUACUAUUAGACGCUUAGCUCAAUUACCGCCGUCGGAUGACGGCUCCAGUUGAAGAGAGUUUGGGUGGUAUUACCUCUUGAAUGAUUGAGAAGGAUCUCCCUUGCUCUCUUUUAUGCAAUAGUUGUUUGUCAUUAGGGCGGCAGAGAAGAAAGAAUAAAGAAGUUUUACUCUUACUAGAAUUCACGAUAUUCCUAAUCCCAAUAUCAAUGUUGCAUGCAUUUUGAAAUUGUUAGAUGCACCUUUCUGUUUAUGUUGCUAUAGCAAAUUAAUUUGACUUUUGCUUUUUCGUGGAUUAAGAUCUUUUUUAUCGAGCGAUUGGCUUUUUUUCGUGCUAAUCUACUUAUUAGUUUUUACAUAUAUUCAUUCCUGGUGUGAAAUCCUCGUUAAUUGAGCAAAAUAAAGUUUCUUGAGUUAUUUUAAUGUCAUAGAAAUUAAAUAUUUUUUCCAUCAGUGUUAUUUUAAAUAAAAAUAAUC